AUGUCUACAGACAGCGACCCGUUCUACCUCAGAUACUACACCGGCCAUUCAGGCAAACACGGACACGAAUUCCUCGAGUUUGAAUACUCGCAUGGUCGCCUGAGAUAUGCCAACAACUCCAACUACCGCAAUGACAGUCUCAUCCGGAAAGAAAUGUGGAUCGGACCGAUGGUGGUGAAAGAGCUGAAGAGGAUCGUCGAGUCUAGCGAAAUUACCAAGGAAGAUGACACGAACUGGCCCAAGAAAAACAUCGUUGGAAAGCAGGAACUGGAGAUACGUAUUGGUAAUGACCACAUCGCAUUCGAGACAGCCAAGAUCGGAUCGCUGGUUGACAUUCAGGACAGCGAGGACCCAGAAGGACUCCGAGUGUUCUACUACCUCGUUCAGGAUUUGAGGUGCCUCAUAUUCUCCCUCAUCUCACUGCAUUUCAAAAUCAAGCCCAUCUAAUCGACUCGAUGGUCCGGGUUUUCUUGUAUAUGGUUGCGAUGGAUUGAGCGUACUGCUCAGUACCACAGGGCAGCGCUCUCACCAAUGUGCAUCCAUUCGGUUACUUUGCACUUACUUACUCUAACCAUUACUCCUUUGUGCUGACAGGUCUUCGGGACCUUCAUCCCCCCCGUUAUCUGCAAGAAAACGUGCACGUUUCUUACGUUCGUUGUAAACUUGAUAUAUACUUGUAUUGUCGUUACAUCUUCCAAUUGCAUUCUUUUCUUCUGCUGGAAAC